AUGUCAACGCUGUUUGGUUUGCCCCCAGAAGAUUAUCACAUCUUCAAUACGGCAAACAACAGUCAUGCAGACUCCGUGACACCGAAGAAUGAUCCAUCUCGCAUCAUAAUGAUGAGCCAACGCAAGGAUAUCGUGUUUUAUUUACAAGGUAGUAAUCUCAACUGGCUGAUGCAACAAUUCACAUGCAAGUUUAUCGAAAUACUGCGCCGGGAGCCUGAAGGGCCAUGGCAGAUGAAACCGGAUCUAUAUCAAUAUAUGACCAGAGGAAUUUUCCUUGCGGAAGUAGAUGUUUUAUACGGUGAGGGAAUAUUUAAAAGUUGUCCGACAUUAUGCGAGGACUUUUGGGCGUUCUAUGAAGCAAUUCCAGUUAUAAGUCGAAAUAUCCCGACCUGGAUGUCCCCUUCGAGCUAUGUAGCACAGAGGAAAAUGCUCAAUAACUUUCGGACAUGGCAAUUGUCAUGUGUUUCCGAAUCUAACGAACGCAAAACUGGAGUUGACACCACUGGCCCUGACGAUAUAUGGGGCACUCACUACAUUCGUCGCAUGUACGAAAGAUUCAGAGAUCUAGGGUUCUCCGAAGGCGGCAUCGCUACAGCUAUGGUCGGGUUUCUAUUCCUGUACGUUCAACCUUCCCUUGUUCGAAAUCAGCUAAUCAAGGUUGAAAGCACUGUGGCGAAUUCAAUCCCUGCCAGCGUCUGGAUGAUGCUCUAUAUAUUCCUCGACAAAGACCUCCGCGAACGGGUAGAGGUAGAAAUAUCCGACGCUUUUGACGGCGGUACUGAUUUAGUGCAAACCGACAAACUGAUGAAAGCCCCACUGCUGAACUCCAUCUGCAAUGAGGUGCUAAGACUACGUGUUGGUAGCCCUUUCGGGCGCACCUCACAGUCAACUGUGGAAUUGACAGGUGGUUUAAAAGUCCUGCCUGGCAUACCCAUCAUGUCCGUGAACUGGCUUGGCGGCCUUGAUACAAAGUUUUGGAACACCGGCAGGAUCAUGCCCGAUCAGUUUGAUGAGCAUCCGUUGGAACAGUUUUGGGCUGAGCGAUUUUUAGAAUACCCUGACGACACAACAAGUGGCCCAUUGCGUAAAGAUCAGACUCAGCCGGGGGAAACUACUCUAGCAGGGGUUUCGGAGAGCCGUGUUGGUUGUGCUAGGUUGAUUACCAACGGAGAAGCACUCGGAAAACAGAUCAUGCUCAUUUCUGUGGCAGUCGUGCUCAGAGAGCUCCACAUUGAGCUCCAGAACCCAGCCGCUGCCGCCACGACUGGGUCGAAGCAUAGAACCCUUCCCUUUGGGUCUCAUGCGUUCGAUAAAGCUGUUCCAUUUAAAAUCCGUGUAAGAGAUAGAGACUAG